AGCCGAUCCCUCUAGAAAAACCCCUAAAAGUAAUGGCAGUAUUACACUUACGCCACUUAACUCAUCACUCUCUUCUUUCAACUUCCAAACUCCAUCAUCAUUUCCGUUUCUCUCCUCUCAAAUCCCCUCGCUUCUCCUGCUCAGCCUCUGCUUCAAGCACAAUGGCUAAACAAGUUUUGGUGCCGAUCGCGAACGGGACGGAGCCGAUGGAGGCGGUGAUUACGAUCGACGUGAUUAGGAGAUCGGGAGCUGACGUCACGGUGGCUUCCGUCGAGAAAGAGCUUCGCGUUGACGCUUGCCACGGUGUUAAAAUUGUUGCUGAUGCUCUCGUCGCUGAUUGUAAGAAUACCGUUUUCGAUCUUAUCGCGCUUCCUGGAGGCAUGCCUGGUGCUAGCAACUUUAAAGAUUGUGGAGCUCUUGAAAGCCUUGUGAAAAAGCAGGCUGCAGAUGGGCGGCUUUAUGCUGCCGUGUGUGCUUCACCUGCAGUUGCGCUUGGUUCAUGGGGUCUAUUGAAGGGACUGAAAGCUACCUGUUACCCAUCAUUUAUGGAGCAACUGCAAUCAUGUGCAACAGCUGUUGAAUCAAGAGUUCAGCAGGAUGGCAAAGUUGUAACAAGUCGUGGACCUGGCAGUACCAUGGAAUUUGCUGUAACACUGGUUGAGCAAUUGUAUGGAAAAGAGAAAGCUGAUGAAGUUUCUGGGCCAUUGGUGAUGCGUCCUAACCAUGGUGAUGAGUAUACAAUAACAGAGCUGAAUCCUCUGGAAUGGAAAUGCAAUAAUGUUCCGCAGGUUCUUGUACCAAUUGCUGAUGGCUCAGAAGAAAUGGAAGCAGUUAUGAUCAUUGACAUUCUGCGUCGAGCAAAGGCAAAUGUUGUGGUGGCCUCUGUUGGAGACAAUCUUGAAAUUCUGGCUUCUAGGAAAGUUAAAUUAGUGGCAGAUAUGCUUCUUGAUGAAGCUGCUAAACUUACAUAUGACCUUGUAGUCUUGCCAGGAGGACUUGGUGGUGCCCAAGCAUUUGCUAAAUCUGAUAAGCUGGUGAACUUGUUAAAAAAGCAAGCGGAAUCAAACAAACCAUAUGGAGCUAUAUGUGCAUCUCCAGCUUUGGUGUUGGAGCCUCAUGGUUUACUCAAGGGCAAAAAGGCCACAGCUUACCCUGCAAUGUGCGACAAGCUAUCAGAUCAAAGUCAUAUUGACAACAGAGUAGUGGUGGAUGGCAACCUCAUUACAAGCAGGGGCCCUGGAACUUCCAUGGAGUUUGCACUAGGAAUCGUGGAGAAGUUUUUCGGACGCCCAAAAGCCUUGGAGUUAGCAAAAGGACUGCUUGUUGUACGCCAGUAGAUGAACUAGUAUGAGCGUUUGGUCCUGCCCAUGUUACCGUAUAGCCUGCUAUGAGACUAUAUAUGAGAAUAUAAAAGUUGAGUAAGCACUCUGCGGUUUUAUGUACGAUAAGUUUGUUCCUUGUUGAUAAAUAAAUGAGUGUUGGAACAAGCUGAGCAAAAUGAACACCUUUGGUUCAUCUGUGAUGGCAUCCUUUGUCAAAUAAUAGUGGUUUUAAUUCUUCAGCAA